UUUAGGGAUGGAGUCGUCGGUUACCGAUGGAAGCGCUGCUGCACUCGUGGACUACUACAGGCUCGCCCAAGAAGCAGCCUGAAUUAUUCGCGUUCGUGAAUAAUUCUUCCUUCUCGUAAGACUUGGAUAUUACGUACUUUACCAUGAAGACCCGUUUGAUUUUGACCGCUGCGCCCGGUGGUUAUCCAAACAGCCAAACUCACUCCGCGAGCGGGCGUAGUAGGGGCAUGUGCUCAGGACGUUUCACACAACGCUGAACCGGUGUCCUGUGGGAAAUUCGGAAUAUUCUUGCCCUCAGCCUCCGUGGUCAAUGUCGAGCGUUUUAUUUUUGUUGUAAGGGGAAAGAUUCCGCAACCAUGAGGUUUGUGUCGGCGAACUUACUUGCCCUGUUCUUUCUGUGCACUUGUUCUAGUGUGCUCUACGUCUGGAGCAGAUUAGAAGACAGACUGGGAAGACACAAACGGGGGCUUCAUGGAGUCGGACCUCAUUUCGCGUAUGGUAAAUCUGUGGACCUUUCAGCGAGAACUUUCAGGGCACUCCUCGCUGUCCCAGCCGCUCAGAAAUCGCAGCACUCUAACAGAGUAGAGAGUCAUAAUUCCAGUAAUACGAAGGAUAAAGCUAUUAAUGCAUCAAAGGGGGAUUAUCAUAGUCAUGUAACUAAAAUUACGUCGAAUAAACGAGACGCCCUGCGUCUAACCGAAAUAAUCGAAGACGGAAUAUUUUGGAGUCAGAGACUGGAAGAUUAUCUCCCCGUAGGCUUCAGUAAAGAACAUGCCCAGGCGUGGAGACAGAGAGCCCGGGGCAACCUCGUUGUCUCACUGGAGCCAGGCUGCGGCAGGGUUUCUAACCAGCUGGCUACUUUUUCAGACGGCAGUAAAGCAUGUGUGCGUUAUGGGAUAAACGCGGACCAGAUACAAGGAGAAACUUUGUCCUAUUACUUGGCUAAUCUUCUCGGCAUCACAAACAUACCGCCUAUCGUCCUCUCACGACUGAACGUUGACGCCGAACAAUGGGACUCUGUGAGGCAUAGAAUUGAUGGCUUGCAGUGGUCGGCGGGAGCGAUUGUGUCCCUAACUGAAUGGGUCGCAAACCUCACAGGAGUCGUUACACCUGCGCCUCUGCGGCAGGAGACCAAGGGUCUUCAUCCGUUGCUGACGGAGCUUGAGAACAAAACGAUAGCGGGCCUGGUCGAGCUCGUGCAGUGGACUGACCUGAUCAUGUUUGACUACCUAACGGCGAACUUCGACAGGCUGGUUAGCAACCUCUUCAGUCUGCAGUGGGACGCCCGGGUAAUGGAGAGGGACACCAGCAACCUUCUGAGAACACCGAGCGGGGAUUUGGUUUUCAUAGACAAUGAAGCCGGCCUAGUGCACGGGUACCGCGUGCUUGAUAUGUGGGAGCGGUACCACAGCACCGUCCUGAGCUCGGUGUGUUUGUUUCGAAAGGGGACAGCGCAGCACAUCAUAGACCUGCACCGCUCCAGAGACACACGACUGCGGCUGCUCGAGCUGUACCGGGACAGGGAGCCGUUAGCCACAGAACUGGGCUUUCUGUCCGACGAGCACGCACGGACACUGCAAAGCAGAAUUGACAGACUGUACAAACACAUAGUGAAUUGUAAAGACAAGUACAGUCAGUUAUAGACACGGUGUAUUCCUGUAGAACGCCCUUUUUAUUGGAAACCGUCACGAUGGAACAGAACAUGAACAUUUCAGUCUGAACAUAAAAGUAUGAAUAUCGGACUGACUACCUCUUGUGGGGGAACAUAAGAUGUAUGUUAUGUUCUUUGCUGUGCGAGUACAGUUUUUUAAUAUUAUUUAAUCAAGCCUUAAAUGUAUAUAGAUUUGCAUUAAGGGCAUAGAGGGUUUUGCUGUACCCAUCACUCAGCGAUGCUGUAUAAUAGGAGAGGUGAGAUGUAAAAGCUGAGUGUGACAUGUGGCAGCCAACUCAAGUUUGGAAACAAUGUGUUCUGUUGUAAGGAACCAAGUGGCUUUUUACCUGGCACAUAUCAUAGAGUACUACUACAUAUCUUUUACAUUCAGCAUAGGAGAACUGUUCAUAUGGAAAACAUUCACUUUAAUUCCUCUUCGGACAAACAGUGAGGUCAGUGUUGUUAGCUUUACACCAAAAUCUAUACAGUUUUAUUAUUCACUACUGUCUGUUUUGCACAAUUUCAGUUUUAUAAAUUGUCUGAAUUAUUAUUGGCCAGAGUCGCUUACUGAAAAAUCACCACCUCAUAUUGAGUGAAGAAUUCCUGGUGAAAUUCAGGCUUUGUCUUAAUAAUGCUGCGACCACACUCGUUAUAUAUUUCAGUUCCUUGUGCAAAAGCAAAAUGUCUCUAUUGUGAAAAAUGAACUCCACUUGAACAUUCCAAGCCUUUUUCUUACUGAAUGAAAAAUCUAGUUUCCUCUCUGCUAUUAAAACCGUUGGAGACACAAGUUGUUUCACCAUA